AUGACGGGUGUGGAAUUCAGAGGAGGUGCCCACUGGCUGCAAGCGCUAAACAUGCUCCCUUCUAUUAUUGAGGUAUACUUAUCUGAUUGUCAAAUCAACACCAUUCCGCUCUCUCUUCCAUAUGUGAAUUUUACUUCACUUUCUAUUCUUGAUCUUUGUUGGAAUUCCAUUAAUUUGACGAUACCUGGUUGGUUGUUCAACAUAAGCAGCCUCGAGUACCUUGAUCUUAGCUAUAAUUUCUUUCGGGGCAUCAUUCCGCCUGCAAUUAAGAAUCUAGCUUCGCUCAAGGCCCUUGAUUUAUCCGAUAAUCUAUUUCUUGAAGGCAAAAUUCUGUCUUUGCUUGAGGGUCUAUGUAAGCUGCAGAAUUUAGGAUUGUCAGGUAUUAAUAUCAGCAAAACUUUAUAUGAAUUUGAUGAACUAUUUGCUAGAUGCAUCAAAAAAAACAGCUUAGAGACUCUGGAGCUGGCGGACACCCAGCUUAGCGGUUAUUUGCCGGUCUGGUUGGGAGACUUCAGAAUGCUCAAAAUUCUCGAUUUGAGUGGCAACUCAAUUUCUGGUCCUAUUCCUGCAUCACUUGGAAGACUUGCAGAGUUAGUUGAAUUAUUUCUCGGAGGGAACUUUUUGGAGGGUGUCAUGUCUGAAGAACACUUUGCCAAUUUCACCAAAUUGCAUGCUUUAGAUUUAUCACAAAAUCGAUUAAUUCUGAAUCUGACGUCUGAUUGGAUUCCCCCUUUUCGGCUUCGUUUGUUAGAUAUUGGUUCAUGCAAGCUGGAACCACGAUUUCCAGCAUGGCUCCGGAUGCAAGAAAAUAUUUUCUUUUUGGAUAUGUCUAGUACAGGAAUUUCAGACACUAUACCGGAUUGGUUUUGGAGGUCAUUUUUUCAGAUAUUCUGCUUAGAUAUCUCCAGCAAUGGAAUCACUGGCAGUGUACCUGAUCUUACAAAUUUCGUCAGUCUUUAUUAUUUUAAUUUGAGUUCUAACUACUUUGAGGGACCUUUGCCAAAUUUUAAUUCUUCAAUAUUGUCCCUACUAGACCUAUCGAACAACUCAUUUUCAGGAGCAGUUCAACAUAACAUUGGCAAAAGUAUGCUUAAUUUGAAAUAUCUUUCCCUUUCCACAAAUAAUUUAAGUGGUCAAAUUUCUUUGUCUCUUUGUCAUUUCGGGUAUGGUGCUCUUGAUCUUUCAAAAAAUCUUUUUUCAGGUGAGCUUCCUGAUUGCUGGAACCACUCUUCCUCUAUCUUUAUCAUGGAUUUUUCAAGUAAUAAUCUAUUUGGAAGUGUUCCUCCAUCAAUCUGUUCGUUACCUUUUCUUGAGUCAUUGCAUUUGAGUAAUAAUAAUCUUUCAGGAGAACUCCCUUUAUCCUUCAAGAGUUGUGCGAGAUUAAUUACUCUUGAUCUUGGACAAAAUAGAUUCAUUGGUACAAUACCUACUUGGAUUGGAGAAAGUUUGUUGUCUUUGAAGAUCCUUCGCUUACGAUCAAACAAGCUUGUUGGAAAUAUUCCUCCUAAUCUAUCAAGACUAAGUGCUCUUCAAAUCCUGGAUCUGGCAAAUAACAAUUUAUCAGGAACCAUCCCUUCUAACUUUGGAAACUUUACUGCCAUGAAAGUGUCAGGGGAGAUGAAUGAAACCAUUUUAAAAAAUUCUACUCGUUACAAUGAAAAGAUGCAAGUGACCAUAAAAGGAAUAUACAUUGAGUAUGACAUAUUGCUUCCACUUGUGAUCGUUAUGGACCUUUCAAAUAAUAACUUAUCUGGAAUGAUACCAGAAGAGCUGACCAGCCUUUUUGGACUCGUGAGCUUAAAUUUGUCUGGAAAUCAUCUGACAGGAAAGAUCACAGAAAAUAUUGGUGCAUUGCAACAGUUGGAGUCACUUGACUUGUCAAGAAAUAAUCUUUUCGGUGGAAUUCCUUCGAGCAUGAUUGGUCUAACUUUUUUGAGUUACUUGAACUUGUCAUAUAACAACCUAUUAGGGAGAGUUCCAAUAGGCAAUCAGCUUCAAACCUUCAUUGACCCAUCCAUUUACAUUGGUAAUCCUGAUCUUUGCGGGUUCCCAUUAAGUCAAAAGUGCAAAGAUGACAAGACAAACCAAGGUCUAAAUGCAGUUGGAGGGGAUGAACAAAAUGAUAACACCAUGGAUGAAGAAGGAUCUGAAAUGGAGUGGUUGUAUAUGAGUAUGGGGCCAGGAUUCGCUAUAGGUUUCUGGAUUGUUUUUGGCCCACUAUUAUUCAAUAGAAAAUGGAGAGAAGCCUAUUUUCAACAUAUAGAUCAAGUAUUCAAUGUGGUUUAUAUGGCCCUGGCAACAAUUUUCACCAAGUUUAAAGUACACAACAUUACAACGUGA